AUGGCGAACUGGCCCGACGUCCCUACCAAGCCCGCCGAGGGCAUUUCGUACUUCACGCCCGCCCAGAGAGUGCCGGCAGGCACGGCGCGGGACCCGCAGACCAACGGAAAGCCCAUCCCGAAGCUAUUCAAGCCUCUCACCAUCCGAGGCACCACAUUCCAGAACCGCCUUGGACUGGCUCCCAUGUGCCAAUAUGGCGCCGACGACGGCCACAUGACCCCGUGGCACCUCGCGCACUACGGCGCCAUCGCGCAGCGCGGCCCGGGAAUGAUGAUCAUCGAAGCCACAGGCGUCCUCCCCGAAGGCCGCAUCACACCCCACUGCGUCGGGCUGUGGAAAGACUCUCAAAUCGACUACCUCCGGCAAAUCGUCGAGUUCGCACACUCGCAGGGCCAGAAGAUCGGAAUCCAGCUGGCCCACGCGGGCCGGAAGGCGUCCACCGUCCCGCCCUGGCUGGGCGGCAUGACGGCCACCAACGCUGUCGGCGGCUGGACCGACAACCUAAAGGCGCCCAGCGCGAUCCCGUUCGCAGACGGCGACCCCGUGCCCAAGGCCAUGACCAAGCAGGACAUCCAGGAGGUGAAGGCGGCGUGGGUGGCUGCGACGAAGCGCGCGGUGCAGGCGGGGGUCGAUUUCAUCGAGAUCCACAACGCGCACGGAUACCUGCUUUCGUCGUUUUUGACGCCGUCGGCGAAUCAGCGCACAGACGAGUAUGGAGGCAGCUUCGAAAACCGCAUCCGCUUGUCGUUGGAGAUUGCGCAGUUGACGCGUGACACGGUCGGUCCGGAUAUGCCUGUUUUCCUGCGCGUCAGUGCCACGGAUUGGUUGGAGAAGAGCAGGCCGGAGGAGAAGGGGUGGAAGUCGGAAGAUACGGUGGAGUUUGCGCGGGCGCUCGCGGAGCAGGGAUGUAUUGAUUUGAUCGAUAUCAGCACGGGAGGUGUGCACAGUUCGCAGAAGGUGACGUCUGGAGCGGGAUUCCAGGUGCCGUUUGCCACGGCGGUUAAGAAGGCUGUUGGUGAUAAGCUGGUCGUCGCGGCGGUGGGUAUGAUUAACAACGGCAAGUUGGCUGAUCAGAUUCUCAACGAGGAGGAUCUGGAUGUUAUUCUGGUGGGACGGGCCUUCCAGCGGGAUACGGGUCUGACGUGGCAGUUUGCGAAGGACUUGGAUGUGGAGAUUGCGAUGGCGGCGCAGAUUCGCUGGGGAUUCACAAGCUCCCGGAAUGCGUCGGAGUAUAUCGAGCCGAACUCGAUGAAGGCGUCGAUUUUCGAUUAG